AUGUGGUGCAACGGAUGGUCCCUUCCUGCGGUGACUUCCCCUGGGCGUCUCGGCGGUUCCAGAGAUGAGGAAACGAUCGCACUUCAGUCGGAACUGGAGGCUGUGGAGAAGCAGAUCCAGGAUCUACUAGAGAAACAGACACGCCUGCGAGAACGAAAAAUGGCGCUGGAAACAUCCAGAGCUGACGCUCGCAAAUCCGCGGUAAGUUUUCAUCGCGAUUUUAAUACACCUUCCACUUCUACUCCGCGUGUUUCUCUGCACAGAGCCCAGGCUUCGAGAACACGGUCAGCCCAAAUGAACUUCACUCCUGCACCGGCACACCCACGGCAAAAGGCGCGAGCCAGGACUGGAGCGAUGACCCAACCGCCGCCACCGGUCUUCGAGAUCCCGACCAGGAACCGCUUUGCCGCCCUCUGCGAGACGGAAUGCAACGCUGUGGUCAUCGGAGACUCAAUCGUCCGGAACGUACCUGCGAUCCUGAAGGACGAUGCUAACGUCGGAGCUGUCGUGCUGCACGCGGGGGCGAAUGACGUCAGGAUGAGGCAGUCGGAGAUCCUGAAGAGGGACUUCAGGAGUCUGAUCGAGACGGUACGCAACGCAUCGCCCACAGCGAGGAUCAUCGUAUCAGGGCCGCUUCCUACCUACCGACGAGGGAAUGAAAAGUUCAGUAGACUAUUUGCUCUAAAUAAAUGGUUGAUGUCAUGGUGUAUUGAACAGAAGCUGCUCUUUGUUGAUAAUUUUGAUCUGUUCUGGGAGCGACCUAGGCUCUUCCGCCCUGACGGCCUGCACCCCAGCAGCAUCGGAGCGGUUCUUCUGUCUGACAACAUCUCAAAGACGCUACGCACCGCUUGACUACGUCUCCCAGCGGUAAGUCAAAACUUUAACCAUAGUCUGUGUUCCUCCCACUCAUCUGUUAUAAAUGUUACUGCUUCCAAAUGCAUAGAGACUGUGUCUGUCCCCCGAAUAAUACUACAAAAUAACAAAAUAGCCAAAUCUCAGAGAAAAAAUCUAAUCGUGAUUAAACCUGAGGACAAUGUAAUAAACGACCAAAACAAACUCAUAAAGUUCGGCCUACUUAAUAUUAGAUCACUAAAUUCAAAAGCAGUUAUUGUAAAUGAAAUGAUCACAGACAACAAUUUUGAUAUACUUUGCCUUACCGAAACCUGGCUUAAACCAAAUGAUUAUUACGGUCUAAAUGAGUGUACACCACCAAGCUACUGUUAUAUGCAUGAGCC